AUGGUCAACAGACAGAAGGUUGAUUAUGACGAAGAAAUAACCAUAGAUUCUGCUGGAUUUACAGACGAAGAAGAUAGUGAGGAAGAAGAGCAGCAUGAAGAGGAAGAAGUGGACGAGGACUGGACGAACAAAGAAUUAGUGUUAGAAAAAUACGAUUUAAAAAGUUUUUCAGAGGAUUUUAUGCAUCAAGUAAUUGAUUUCGUUGAUCAUGUGGGACCUGGAAGUAAACAUGGUCGUUCUUGA